CUUAUCAUCGGCGAUCACGUGGUCAGCCACGGUCAACUGUAACGAAUGAGACAGACGUUCGUUGCUCAGUGUGUUUGACGGAACCUUUACAGGAGACAUCGACUGCUAACCGCUAACUAUUUGCAGCUAAAAGCUGCGACCAGCAGCCAUUGGUGACAUGGAGGAGUUUCUGACGAACUGCCGACGAGCACUGCAGGCAUUUGCUGACCCCUCUCCUCCUAUCCUCCAUGUGGUCAUGGGAAAUGAAGCCUGUGAUGUGGACUCCAUGGUGUCGGCUUUGGUCUACGCCUUCUUUCUGUCCAAGACCCUGGGAGGCGACACAUUAGUCCUCCCACUGCUGAACAUCCACAGGGAGGAGCUAGCGCUGCGCUCUGACAACACCUUCCUGCUGCGUCAGAGUGGCGUGUCACAUGACCUGCUGCUGUUCAGAGACCAGCUCGACCUGAAGACGCUGCAUCAAGAAGCACGUCUGCGGCUGACGCUGGUGGACCACAAUGUCUUGUCCAGUUCCGACAGUGACCUUGAGGGGGCAGUGGUUGAGGUGAUUGAUCAUCACCACCUGGAAAGAGAGCCUUCAACUUCCUGUUGCGUAACUGUGGAGACAGUUGGAUCUUGUGCUACACUGAUUACUGAGAGAAUCGUGCAGGAAGCUCCAGAGAUCCUGACGCUGCAGCUCGCCCAGCUGCUCUACGCUGCUGUGGUAUUGGACUGCGUGAACAUGGCGCCCUCAGCUGGUAAAGUGACUCCAAAAGACAGUCAGUUUGCUGCAGUGUUGGAGAGUCGUUUCCCUGCUCUGCCUCCAAGAGGCGCUCUUUUCACUGCACUGCAGAACGCCAAGUUUGAUGUCUCAGGUCUAGACACUGGACAGAUGUUGAUGAAGGACAUGAAAAUUGUCUCAGGAAGUCUGCGUCUGGCCGUCUCUGUUCUGUACGUCACACUGGAGGAGUUCUUACAGAGGGCGGAGCUGGAGGCAGAGCUUUCCUCCUUCUGUCAGAGAAACGGAUUUGAUUUGCUGUUGCUGAUGACAAUCUCCUUUACUGAGAGCAAAGAGCCAAUCAGAGAGCUGGCUGUGUUCUGCCACAGCUCCACCUGCAGGGAGCAGCUCAGUCACUUCCUGGAACAAGCCCAAAGCCCCGCCCUCAACCUCUCUCCAAUCAGCAGCCCCCAUCCUCACAUAACAGCCUAUCACCAAGGAAACUCGCUGGCGUCUCGUAAGAAGCUCCUCCCAUUAGUCAAAGACUUCCUGAGGCAGUUGGAUGGAGAGGAGAUUCAGGAGGCGGAGUCUGUGGUUCCUCCUACACCCAUGAACAGUCUGGUGGAGGGUUGUCCCCUGGAGGGCGCUCUGCCACACAUCAGUCCGCAGGACCUGGUGGACAAAGUCAGCAAGAUGGCCGACAGCAGAAGAGAUUACCCUGACCUCUGACCUUUCAAACCAGGUUGUUUGGUCAAAUAAGUAUGGAACCGACAUCGGACCUGAGAACAGAACUGUCAGUAGAACCGACAUCAGAACAGGUGACGGAACUUAGAGCAGAGCUGACAAUCACACGUGUAGCAACAGCCAAUCUCAGAACGGACAAAAGAAACUGAUAACAGAACCUGAGCGUCAGAUCCAAGCUGACACCUGAACUUUGACCUGACGGUCAGGAAUGAAAUGUGGGCAGAGCUACUUCCUGCUCACUUUGGAAAUGCUUUUAUUGUGUAAGACUGAGUGAAGCAGUUGCAGCAACAGGAAAUUACAAAAUAAAAGUGAAAAAAACAAA